AUGGCUACUCUUUUUCAUGAUACUUCUCAGUCUGAAGAGAAUGGUUCUGAUGAUAAUCUCUCACUAGAAAAUGAGGAAAAGUUGAAGGCUUUGGGCUGUAGAGAAGAUCCAGUCAAUAUAUUAGUGAUUGGUCCAGCUGGUGCUGGUAAAUCAACACUCAUCAAUGCUUUGUUUGGGAAGGAUGUAGCUACGGUUGGAUAUGGAGCAAGAGGUGUUACAACUGAAAUACAUUCUUAUGAAGGAGAGUACAAAGGGGUUAGGAUAAGGGUUUAUGAUACAGUUGGGUUUGAGGGCAGAAGUGAUUGGAGUUAUUUAAGAAAUAUUAGGAGGCAUGAAAAGUAUGAUCUGGUCCUCUUGUGUACCAAGUUAGGAGGAAGAGUUGAUCGAGACACAUUCUUAGAACUGGCCUCUGUCUUACAUGAAGAAAUGUGGAAGAAGACAAUUGUCGUAUUAACAUUUGCCAAUCAGUUUAUUACACUUGGAAGUGUAGCUAAGUCCAAUGACCUGGAGGGUGAAAUAAAUAAGCAAAUUGAAGAAUACAAAUCAUACCUUACUGGUCGUCUUUCUAAUUGUGUGAGGAAAGAAGCAUUGGUGGGAAUACCGUUCUGUAUUGCUGGGGUAGAAGAUGAAAGGGAGCUACCUACUACUGAAGACUGGGUGAAUACACUGUGGGACAAGUGUAUUGAUCGUUGUAGCAAUGAGACAUACCAUUUCGCAUCAUGGUUUUCCAUUAUCAAAAUAGUUGCUUUUGGUUUUGGGGUUGCAAUAGGUACUGCUAUUGGUGCUAUAGUUGGUUCUAUUGUACCUGUUACUGGUACUAUAAUAGGAGCUAUUGCAGGUGGAUAUAUUGGUGCUGCUAUUACAAAGCGUGUUGUUGAAAAAUUUAAAAACUAUUAA